UAUUUCAUCAAAACGCGUGAGAAAUUCAAUAAUCUGUAAGCCCUUCAUUGGUUGUUAUUUUUAAAGAUUAAGCAAUUAUCCAUCUUAGCAGAUUUGGGCCACGGGGGAACCAAAAGGGGUCUUUUAGGUCGGGGCGGCAAGUCAACACGUGUGAGCUGGCAAAAAUGAAAAAAAGAAAUUGGUGAUAGAAAAGAGGGAGCAGUUUGUAGUUGGUAUGAAUUUACUUUUAAUCCGUCGAUUAGAGAAUCCAGGUGGAAUAAACAUUCCUAAGAAAAAUCCCAGAAAGCAUAUCCCAAUAAUUUUCCCACCUGAAAUCAAACCAUGGCUGAAGCAAUUCUCUUCGAUAUUGCUGGGGAGAUCUUGAUGAAGCUAAGCUCUCAAGCUUUCCAGCGGCUUGGGAUGCUAUUUGGGCUGAAGGAUAACCUUAACAAACUCACAGCCACAGUUUCAACCAUUAAGGAUGUGCUUCUUGAUGCAGAAGGGCGUCAAACUAAAGGUCACUUGCUGGAGAAUUGGCUCCAAAAGCUGGAAGAAGCUCUUUAUGAUGCGGAGGAUGUGCUUGAUGAACUAUCUACGGAGGCUCUUCAUCGAGAAGUGAUGACUAGAGAUAAAAAUGCAAAACAAGUAAGGAUCUUCUUCUCCAAAUCUAAUCAGAUUGCAUUUAAUUAUAGUAUGGCUCGUCAAAUAAAGAAAAUUUGGGAGAGGCUAGAUGCAAUUGAUGCUGAAAAAAAGCAAUUUCAUUUGCAUGAAAACUGUGAAUCAAAGGCUCGAUACGGUUCGUUUGAUCAAAUAAUGACCGGAAGGGAAUCUUGGUCUUUUUCAAAUGGAGAGGAAGUGAUUGGAAGGGAUGAUGAUAAGAAAAAAAUAAAGGACCUUUUAUUGGAUGUGAAUAUGAAUGUCACGCACAAUGUUUCAAUCGUUGCAAUAGUUGGGAUGGGUGGAAUAGGCAAGACAACCUUGGCUAAAUCUCUCUACAAUGAUGAAAAGUUAUCAAAAUAUUUUGAGUUAAAAAUAUGGAUUUGGGUUUCUGAUCAAUUCGAGAUAAAAGCAGUAGUGAAAAAAAUAAUAGAAUCAGCCACCAAAAGCAAUCCACAUGUAAUGGGAAUGGAAGCUUUACAAGCAGAGCUUCAAAAAGUGAUCGGGGGAAAGAAAUAUUUGCUAGUUAUGGACGAUGUAUGGAAUGAAAGUGAAGAAAAAUGGCAUGGAUUGAAACCUCUGUUGAUGAGUGGUGCGAAAGGGAGUAAGAUUUUGAUCACAAAGCGUGAUAGAAAAGUAGCUGCAGAAAUUGAAAGCAUGACUUCUUUAUUCUCUUUAGAAGGCUUACCAGAGAGUAAAUCUUGGUCAUUAUUUAGUAAAGUGGCAUUUAAAGAAGGGAAAGAGCUUGAAAAUCCAAACUUGAUACAGACAGGAAAAGAAAUUUUAAUGAAAUGUGGGGGUGUUCCUCUCGUAAUAAGACACAUUGGCCGCUUGCUAUACUCUAGAACUACAGAAGAAGAGUGGAUGUCUUUCAAGGAUAAUGAACUUUUAGAAAUCAUUCAGCAAGACAAUGACAUGACAUCAGUAUUAAAAUUAAGCUAUAACCAUCUCCCACCAAAUUUGAAGCAAUGUUUUGCCUAUUUAUCCUUGUUUCCCAAACGAAAGAGCUUAAAAAUAAAUGAUUUGAUUAGACAAUGGAUGGCUCUGGGAUUUAUAGAAACAUCAAAUGGAAGUAAAUCCAUGGAAGAAACAGGAAAGGGCUACUUCAAGGAAUUAUGUUGGAGGUUUUUUCUGGAAAAUUCUAUGAAUGAGUGUAACUUUGACAAUGAUGUCCACAUGCAUGAUGUGAUGCGUGAUCUUGCAACAAAUGUAGCAGGAAAGAAAUAUGUACGUGAAAAUAUCAAUUGUGAUUAUGCUUUCAGUGAAAAAACUCGUCAUGUUUCAUUUGACUGUAAAAUAAAAUCAUGGUCAGAUGUUCUAUCCAAAUUACACAAGGCAAAAGGAUUAAGAACUUUCCAGCUAUUCUCAUCCAAUUUUGAAUAUGAAAAGAAGAAUGAGAUCAAUGAAGCUAUUUUGGAUGAAGUAUUUUCCAGUUUUCCACGUUUGCGAGUGCUUGGUCUUAAUAACUCAAAUAGUCCCAUGGUGCCAAAUUCUAUAAGAAGGCUUAGACAUCUUCGAUAUCUAGACCUCUCCGAAAAUAAUAUGGAAUCACUUCCAAAUUCUAUCACUGAAUUGCGAAACUUGCAAACACUAAAUCUAAUGUACUGUGGAGAUCUAAAGGAAUUGCCAAGGGACACCAGCAAUCUUGUUAAUCUUAGGCAUCUAGAUUUCAAUACUUCUAUCUUAACCCAUAUGCCAGAAGGGAUGGGGAAGUUGAGUUGUCUACAGACACUAAGUUAUUUUGUGUUGGACUGCAAAAGGUCUAAUCAGCUGAGUGAACUGGAUGUGCUGAUCCAUUUAAAUGGAUAUUUAAGAAUCAUAGGUUUAGAGCAAUUGAGGAGUGAAUCAGAAGUCAGCUUAGUAAACCUAAAAGACAUAAAAGGCUUGAAGAAACUGGAACUGGAAUGGAAACUGAGUGGAGACGAUCAAGAAUAUGAAGGUGAGAAUGAUGAAACUGCAAUAAUGGAAGGCCUAGAACCACAUCCAAAUAUUGAAUCCUUGCACAUUGACGGGUACAGUGGAGUAGGAUUACCCAAUUGGGUGGUGUCCACCUCGCUCUCGAAGUUAACUAACAUUGUAAUACAUAAAUGCCAUAGAUUGCAACAUCUAUCUCAAAUGGGCCAUCUUCAGGCACUCACAUUUCUAUAUUUGGAUGACAUGAGAUCUCUCAAGUUCAUAGACAAGAAUGAACCAUCCUUCUCAUCCUCUUUCCCAUCUCUCAAGCUUCUAAUUAUCGAAAACAUGCCUAAUUUGGAGGGAUGGUGGGAAUUAGGGAACACUCAAAAAAAUUGGUUGCCUCUAACAUUUCCUAAGCUUAUUUCCCUGCAUAUCUCUGGAUGUCCUAUGUUUAGUUUCAUGCCCAAGCCAGCUUCCACUGGAGCAGUUGUGUUUUUAUGUGAUGCGAGUGUUCAAUUGAUUACUAUAUUAGGUCCAUUGUGCAGUUUGGAAAGCCUAACACUAGAAGAAAUUAAGGAUCUCAAAUAUCUAGAAAUCAUGGAAUCUCAGCAAAACCUCGAUUCUUUGCCUAUACGACUUCGACAUUUGAGAAUAAGGAAAUGCUUGAAUUUGAUGAGUUUACCUGAAUGGAUUGGCAUCCUCACUUCGCUCGAGGAGCUGGAGAUCAUGGAAUGUCCGAAAUUGAAAUCAUUGCCGGAGGGAAUGCAGAAACUGGAAUCUUUGAGAAGCUUUUUGAUCGGUGGGUGCCCUGAAGUAGAAGAAAGAUGCAAGCAAGGAGGAGAGGAUUGGGCUAAGAUUGCGCACAUUCCCCAUUUCGAGCAAUUUCUUCUCGACAACUAAGGAGAUGAAGAUCCCAUCCAUACGAAUUCUGUACGCACUUUCCCACAGGUCUUGUUCAUACAAUCCCUUUCCUUCAUAUCUCUAUUAUAUAUGUUAAUUCUUGAUUACACUAUAAAAAUAUUUUGGAAUUUUUCAAAAUGCCCCACAGGUCGGGAAAAAAAAGUUAAAAUUAAUAAUUGGUUUGUGAAUUUUAAAUAUUGCAUCUAUUCAAGUGUAUAAAGUUCCAAUUACCUUCUUAAACAUUGAUCGAGUACAAAGAUGUUAACAUAGCCAAAUGUUGUUUAAUUGGUUAGGCACGAAUGUUGAAGCCACAUCUUAGUUAUACUAGUUGUACGAAUAUUGCAUGUUUACUUGCAUCAUUCACUUCAUACUUUGCAAUGAACUCAAUUCAUGAGCCUGCAGGUUCACAAGUAUUUGGGGUGUUUUGAGCUAUCUUCUAACAUCAUGAUUCAAGCCAAA